CCUACCUACCUACCUAGGUACCUACUCAGUCUCAUCAAGGCUUCCCAAAUUUCUACCACCAGAACAAUCACACCGAUUGAUAGAAACAGACUAGACUAGUUCUAGUCCCAGUUCAAAUUCUCCUUCUAUGAGAGCAACUUCAAGCUCCCCUUGAUGGGAAAAAAAGAAAGUUUGGUCUCUGGUAAACUCCCCUAUUCUCCAGACAGGAGAGAUUACCAAGCAACAAAUACGACACAUCGUCAUAUGCCUGAUAAGAAAUUUGGCCAGGAGCAAUCGAUUCAAUGAAAAUGACAUUUAUCCGUGUCUAUUACGCAAAUUUAUCUAGGCUCCGAUUGCACAGCCGCGUGGUUUUCGAUCGCAUGGUUCCGUCAACUUUGCGGCUGUAUGUUCAUAUCCGGGAGAAUAUGCUUUCCCCUGUUCGGGAAGGCCCUUGGACUCUUGUGAUAGGCCAGCCAAGAGCGUCAAUUGUCCCGAUUCAAGAUGUGCAUGCCGUUGACACCGGCAGUUGCUCUUUUAUCCCGCUGGUAGGGGCGGACGACGAAUCGGGUUGUCUUUUGUUAUUAGACUUGUUCCAGUAGUCGUCAUGAUGGCCCCAACAUAUGCCAAGUCCUGUGUAUGGCUGGAGCCAUAAAUAUAGACUUUUCCGGGCUGUUUUGUUGCUCGCUUUUGUGAGGGCUGCAGCUCGUAACAUUGCAUUCGGCUACGCCAUCCAGAAACAACCCUACAGACACCGACAGAACUGACACAAUGCUUUGGCUGGGUGCUCUCAGUCUUGCCACCGCCGUGCGCGGUCAGGCCUUUAGCUUCACCAUGCUACGCUUUGGAUGCUCCGAGGUUGUUAUUGACCGCAUCGAUCCUCUCGUUGACCCGGGCCAGGUCCCAUCGCCGCAUCUGCAUCAGGUCGUCGGAGGUAACGCAUUCAACGCAUCCAUGCCGUACGAGGACAUCUCUGGCAUCGCCAGCUGCACGACCUGCACGUUCGACCAGGACUUUUCAAACUACUGGACCGCGAACUUGUACUUCAAGGCCCGCAAUGGCAGCUACCACCGCGUGCCACAGAUAGCCAACGAGGUCAUCGGGGACGCCAACGGAGGCAUCACCGUCUACUAUACGGCUCCGGGCCCCAACACCGUGACCGCCUUUAAGCCGGGCUUCCGUAUGCUGUCGGGAGACACCAACAGCCGCGAGUCCAAAGGCGAGGGCAAAAACAUGCAGAGCUGUUUCCGCUGCUACGACGGACCCAACUUUGCUGGAAACAUCUACUCGCCCUGCUUCGACCCGGUCCGAGACACCGAGGGUCUGCCUUCUAAGCCCUGCCUGGGUGGUAUUAGGUCCAGUGUCAUUUUCCCCAUCUGCUGGGAUGGAAAGAACCUCGACAGCCCCAAUCACAAAGACCACGUUGCUCACCCCGUGGACGGGCCGGCUUCUUUUGCUCUUGUGGAUGGCCAAUGCCCCGAGUCGCACCCGGUCAAGAUCCCGCAGGUUCACUACGAGAUUGUCUGGGAUACGACUCAAUUUAACGACGCAUCUCAAUGGCCCGAGGAUGGCUCCCAACCUUUUGUGCUUAGUAACGGCGACAAUUGAGUACACCUUUUGCUUCCAUCCAAUGACACGACGGAAAGAGAAAAAAAAAAAAAACUGACGCUCCUUAUAGCACCGGAUUCGGCCAGCAUGGAGACUACCUCUUCGGCUGGAAGGACGACAGCCUGCAGCACGCCAUGGACAACAAGUGCUUUGGCCCGAGGUGCCAGGGUCUGACAACCCAGACAUUCCCGGUCGCGAACGAGUGCUCCGUCAAGCCUAUGGUGAGCGAGCAGGUGGAUGGUUGGAUUGACUACCUGCCUGGCCAGGCGCCUGCUUGAGAUGGGCUACUUCGGGUGCUUAACUAGGUACCGGAGUGUGGGGUUGUUUUAGUAACGGGGGCAACUUAUAUACCGUCUGGUUGUUACUGUGUCCUGUAGGAAAACAAGACUAGUUCUAGACUAGACCUAGCAAUUUGUCUUGGUUUCUUGCACCAUGCCCUCUGUACAAAUCUCGUCGAAUCUCAAUCGGAUACCUGCUCGAUGCUGUAGCGACCUACUACCCUUGCAGUAUAACUCCUCUAUUCUGUCUGUGAUUCAGCGUCCAGAAACAA